UAUUCGGCUUUGCGCGUUCGCCGCCUCGCUCAGCGCUCAGUGUCGAUCCUUCUUCUCUGCGUGCGCGUGCAAUUUUCUCCCGAUCUCUGGGACAAAUAUCACAACUUGCACUUGUUUCAAAUCUUCAUUUAGAUUUAAAAAUUUAUUGCCGUUUGUUCCACUCACCGUUGCACUGUAAUUUCGUUCAAUACGAAGGAUUGCCACGGGAAAAAUAACAUCAAUUCUUUCUUUUUAUUUCAAUGAUUGAGAAGAACGAUUACAAAGAAAAAACGUACUUUCCUUGAGACCCGAAUGCGAUAAUCCAGCCGGCUUCUUGUUUUUCUAUUGUUGAAAUGAUAUUUGUCUCGAAUAAUAUUUUGUGAAACAAAGUACAUUGAACUGCGUAUAUUGACGAUCAUUUGACGUGAAUUCUUUUGGAUUAAAUUGAACGAACAGGAAUUUAAACGACAUGGCUCGGAUGGCUAAAAUUCUUCGCUCUUUAAGCCUCAUUGGAGUUUUGGUGGCUCUCGAAAUUUCGUCGAUACACGCUGACAACAGUGUUUACAUAUUGUCCAAAUAUCGUCAGCGAGUAACCUCGAGUACUCUCAACUGGCUGGCCAUUGCUCACUACGAAGCUUCUUCCAAGGAGAUCGUCAUCGGUGGAUUUGAGAUUCAACGCGAAUUGGACGGCAAUCAAGCCGAGUCUCCCGUAGUGAAAGAACGCUCGCUCUACGUGUGUCGUGCGUUCCACAGCGGUGUUUGGGUCGCUGGCAAACAGAUCGAGGGUGAAAAAAAAUGUACCGUUACGUAUCUCGGGAACGUAGUCUCUUAUGAGCGUUACGAUCUUCUCGAAAAUGUUGACAACGCGGCGCGUUUGAGCUGGGUCGCUUGGGACAAAUUGCAUCAAACUCCGGUAGGCGCUGUGGCUACCGAAUCCAUGUACGUUGCCAGGCACGUUGUCAGCGAGACUGAGAACGAACGCACCAACAAAAACCUCGGCUACACACACUACAUCGGUACAUACGACACUUCCGAAGGAUUCGGCCGAAUCAACUAUGUCAAGGACGACGGCGUGGAAGGCACUGCGGAAUCGGGUGAAGUGCUUGUCGAAACGGAGCCAAUAUUUUACGAGCUGAACGCUGUUAAAUUGAAUUACAACAGAAAACGCAUACUGAAGCGCGUUACACGAGUGUUGCGCGAAACAACGAUAUCGAACGCUGACUCCGAGUCUGCUGUACUUGCGGAGGCCCUUGGUUAUACAUUCAAUCACUCGAUAUACUGGGGACAGGGUCACGCUACGAUCAAAGCCCUAAACACCUCGAUAACACUGGCCAAAGGGCCGAGGGUCGGCUAUAUAUCAUGGGGAAUCGAGGACAAGUCCGUACGGUCCAACGCAACGACAGUGAAAAUUCGGCUCGAGCCAGGAACAGCGGUGAACGUGACGCUCCGAGCGAAUUAUACGGACAUGGAAGUGCCGUACACGGGUGAAUUGGUAUCGGUGUACGAGGACGGUGAGAGAAGGUCAAGAAUGAUAGGAGGAAUGUGUCGGGAGGAAACAAUGAUGGAUUUGAAGUACGAAUUUGGGCCGAUUUAUUAUUUGAGUAACAUGAGUAUAGUACCGACGACGCUGCCACCGCCGAGUACCGAGGCGAUGUUGCCAACGACGACGAUGAAGAAAACAACGAAAGAGCCGGAAUAUACGAGCGUCCAAGAAGAAACAUACGGGCCGAACGAGCAGACACCGGAAGUAGAUGAGAACCUUAUAGUACCACCGCGAAAAACGGACACGUCCAACAUGCAGAAUGACGACGGUGGCCCAUUGUCGUUGAAGAACAAAGUCGAGGGGUCGCAGUCCUCCUCGACGUCUCUCAGUUCGAGUACAUCGGCUUUGGCGUUAAUAACAUUAACGAUUAUUGCCUUUCACCGAAUCACGUGAAUCUCCACGACGUUUUCGGGUAUUUUUCCCUUUUCGUCGCCUAGAUUAUUCUCUAAACUGCAAUAGUAAUGAUGCCACGACAGAACAAAAAAAAAAGAAAACAGCCGCAGAGAAAAUAUAUGUAGAAUAUUCCCGUUGAACGAGUUAUUAUUACGUGAAGAAAAAGAAAAAAAAAAAAAAAAACAGAUGCAAACGAAAAGAAAAGAGAGGAAGAAAAAACAGAAAAAAAUUGGAAAACCAUUCAAGGUCGUUGUGGACACGCGCAGAGCCUAUAUUUAUAUAUAGUAAUAACAAGAAUUUGAAAUCUCUUUUUUUCGGCACUUGCGCGGAGCUCCGUUCACGAUUAUUCGCCAUUAAAUUUCGGUCCUCGUCCUGGAGACAUGCUUGCCUUUCAGAAAACAACCUUGAUAUUUAAUAUAUUAACAUAUAUACACGUAUAUAAACCAGUAUACAUGUAUACGUAUGAACAAUAUGAACAUGUAUAUAAAUAUAUUUAUAUAAGUGUGAAUAUAUACGUAUAUAUGUAUAUGACACAUUAUAUUUAGAUACUGUAAGAGGGAAUCUAUAAAUUACGAGCUAGUCUUAUUCAACGUCAAGUACAAGCAAGAGCCGAAGGAUAUAAGUGUCUAAAGAACAAUUCGAAAAGGGGGCGGGGGCGGGGGAAGAAAAUAGCUCGACGUUUAAAAAACGUGGAUACGAAUAUAAUAUUCCGUCUGUUGAUAGCUUCAUCGUUGAAUCGACUCAUCCUCGAUCGUCUGUUGCCACAAACUGUACAAGUUCCCGACCCCUGUGUGUUUUUCUUCCCAAGCUUUCAAAUUAUAGGAAUUUCCAACGCGUUUCUCUACACAAGACUCAUCACCAAAAAACGUCUAAAUUCCCAUGUAGGCGAAAAAACAUGGAUAUCACUUUAGACAACGGGAAAGGAAAAGAGACGAAUUAAUAUUGGAGGGAGAGAGCUGUAGUUAUGCGAACUGAAGCUGCUUUGCGGCCAAUAUUUUUGAGAAUGCGGUAUAAUUUUUAAACGUUUGAUAAGGUUUGUAAGAAUAGUGUGUAAGAGAGUACUUCGAUAGAGAGUCGAUUGCGACACCGAGAGGGAGAGAAAAGAGGGAAAAAAUGAAGUUCUAGGAUUUACAUUGUGAGCGAGUAAAAAAUAUUUUGCACAUCAAUGUUUGCAAGAAAAGAGACUGCAGGGAGGGAAAAUAUGUAAAAGCAGAAAUGUUUUUGUUCCGAGUUGAUUGAUAUGUACAUAUACGACGCAGUUUACGAAUCGUGAUAGAUAUUUAAUUGUUAUGUUAUUAUUAAUAUUAUUCAAUAUUAUACUUAUUUAAUUCUUUUCUUUUCUACGACGUUAUUCAUCGCAGUACAAUUUUUAUGUUAGUAUUAUUAUUAUUAUUAUUAUUAUUAUUCUUAUUUUAUGAUAUUAGGAAGUAGAUUUAGGAUAAAUUUGUUUGAGAAACCCAAGAUUUAAAUACGCUUUCGUUUCCAUAUCAAAAAGACAUUUACUAAUACCGUCGUAAAUGUAAAUUACAAUGUACGAGCAGUCAGUAAAUUCGUUCUCCUGGUUUUUUUUUUUUAAUUUUUUUUUUAAGAUUUUCAAGUUUUUUGCCUAUUUCGCUUCUGAUUUUGAGUCGGUCGUACGAAUUAUGUUGCAUCGGAUUAACGUGUAGCAAUAAUGUAGGGUGACAGUCGAAUCGGGCAAUAUUAAAUUGAAUGAUAAGAGAGAAAGAGAGAAAAAAAUACCUAGAAAUGAAAAUGUUUACUGGGUGACACAGAGAUGAGACAUAAUAAUAGUAAUAAUCAUAAUAAUAAUAACAAUAAUAAUGAUGACGAUGAUGAUAAUGAUAAUAAUAAAUUUAUCAAACUACGCCUACCUGCUUCCUCGUAAAAAAAAACAAGAAAAAACAGUAUGAAAAAGUUAAUGAAUCCCCGAAUUCUCCAUUCAUGACAGGGGAAAAGAAAAUAUUUGAAAAAUGUUGUAAUUGGUGAGUAAAAUCUGUACCCUGCGCUUCUCUGAUGCUGUAGUUCAUUAAAACAAAGUGAAAAUAAACAUUCAAAUGGUUUUUGAGCGUUCACAAAUUCCAUGAGAUUAACAUUUUGUCCCAAAAAUACUCGUAUGAAAAUAUAUGAGCGAUCCGCUUGAUUGUACAUUAUCAUGUAAAUACAAUUAUUUGACAUGCGA